AGUAUAUAACAUCAAUGUAACAGUCUGUAUGAUUUCUUCAGCGAGGUGGAAAACUUAGCAAUCAAGCACUGUAUCCAAGUACCAUAAUUCUUGAAAAUGUGGUUUCUUAUCUUGAUCAUCUCCAUUGCAUCCUGGACAUACGGAGACGUUAGUGAAAGGUCCAUCUUACUCUCAAAAUACAAGAGAGAUUCCAGACUGCAGUCGUCUCCCUUUUAUGACUUGUUUAUCCACUGGCUGAAGUAUACUAAGAUAAUAGAUGGUAUGCAAAAGGAAACAAAAGCGCUUAAACAUCAACUCAAGGAGCUUCGAGAUUUUCACGGAAGAUAGGAUGAAUUUUUUGGCAUAGAGGCGAAAAACACAUCACAAGGCUGUAAUACAACGCCUACGGUAAAAAUGUUUUUCUUGCUGCUUACCAAAAUUGAUGAAGCUACAAAAGAUAUCAACACUAUGAAGAUGCAGUUGGAUAGAAAAGAUCAAAAAUCUAAGAAAUAUGAUGAAAGAACUGCCAAAGGAAUGGAUUCAUUGGUGGAAAAGGUAUCUACGCUUAAACAAAGCAAUACAGAACUUCAAUCCAAUUUCACUAAAUUGGAGGAGAUAUUGCAAGCUACCAACUCUCGUUGUCAAAAGCUUGACGCUAAAAUCAGCAGACUUGAAAACAGUUUAGUGAUUUCCUCAAAAGCACUGCAUAAAACAGAUUCUAAAUUGAAACAGGACAUCGCUGAUAUAGCUAGAAAAAGCCGAAAUUCUGAAUCAAAAACUAAUUUCGCUAUGACAGUGCUACGGAAAGGCCUGGAUAAUACUAAAUCGAAACUUUCACUUCUGAAAAAACGGCAAAGAUCACUGGAAAGCAAAAUGGUAACAGCAGUCCGGAAGUUACAGAAAGCGGAUCAGAGCACGAGAGGAGAAGUAACAAAGACAUUCAAUCAGAUGACACGACGUAUAAGUAAAAUAAAGUGGACUUCUUCACAAAACCGGACCAACAACUUUAAAUGUCAAAGUGGAGUUGUAAAGUCUGCUUACUCUUCAAGACGAGCCAUGGUAUCGGAUAAGACAGUGCGCUUUUCCACACCUUUCCGAACUAGACCAAAUAUGGUCUUUGGCCUGUCGUUGUAUGAUUCAUCCCACAGAACGAACGAUCGCUUGAAAACCUAUUUGCUAAAACUAAACAGAUACGGAUUCACGUUACGAAUUUCCGCCUGGGACAAAACCGUCCUUUACCAAGCAAAUUACUUUUGGAUGGCUUGUCCAUGAGCAUAUGACAUAACCAUUCUUUAUGCUUGUUAUAAUUUGGAUUGGGAAACAUUAAAUAAUAUGGUAAACUU